AUGAAUAAUCCUGUUGAUUUGGUGGAGAAAAUCACUCCCUGGAGGGAAUCAUGGAAGGUGCAUGUUAAAGUUGUGAAGUUGUGGUACCAGAAGAAUACUGCUUUGGAUCCUUCUCAAAAUCUGUUGCAUAUGGUCUUAAUGGAUGAGAAGUUACACAAGAUCCAAGCUACCAUUAGAGAUGAGCUUAUAUCAAAGUUUGCUGUGUCUCUAAAUGAAGGUGAUCUGUAUUUGAUAACCAAUUUUACAGUUUUGCCAAACAGUGUUUUGCCAAACAGUGGUUUGAACAGAGUUACCAAACAUCGGUUCAGGCUUUUGUUCCAAUACAAGACCUCUGUUGUUUCUGUGGUGUCUCCAAGGAUAACUCAUUCCGGGUUGUGUUUUACAUCAAUAGAUGAAAUUGAUCAAAUGACAAAGGACCACAAUUUCCUUAUUGGAAAAAAGGUCCAAUGCAAUGUGUUUGGAAAUGCUUGUGAUCUCUUGGAAUAUGAAAACUUACAAAAAUAUCCAAGAUCUCCACUGAUUGUCCUUGAGUCCUUUAAAAUCAAAGCAAUUGAAGGUGGAGUAAUUCUACAGAAUGUGAUCAAUAUCUCUAGAUUAUUCAUUAAUCCAGACAUUCCUGAGUCUGUUGAGUUCCUAAGCAGAUUUAGUGAUGCUCAUUACUUUGUAAUGGGGACAAUUAAGGAAGUUAUGGAUGAACCAGAUUGGUGGUACUACUCAUGUGUAUGUGGUCAUCCUGUUGUUGACCAUGAGGAUCUCUACCUUUGUGAUGCUUGUUGUUCAUGUGUUGAACAUGUUAUGCUCAAGUAUAGGAUUCGGGUAAAGGUUCACCAUGCUGGGUGUGAUGUUUGUUUGUUCUGCUUGAUAAUGCGGCAACAAAACUAUUUGGAAAAACCUGUUCUGAAGCAUUUCUCGGGAUAG